AUGAUUGGCCCCGAAUUCGGUCUUUUAAAGAUGAAGAGUCGUACUUCCUUGUCUAAAUACAUUGAAGGGCUUAGAAGCCAUAACAGGAUAGUACCGUUGCUCAGGGGAAGGGUCCACAUACUUAACGUAUUCAUCUACCUAUACACGAUUUAUAAAUUGAAGGACAAAAGUUUGGCUACGGAAUUCAAAUAUGCCUACGCAGUGGUGUAUUUCGUAUCAAUAUUCGGCUCAAUCAUAAUAGCAUGGUAUCAUAACAACGUUUGGGAUUUGAAGCAGAGGGCUUUAUUCAAGAGAGUAGAUUACGCAUUUAUAUUUCUUUCGAUCGUAUCGCCUUGGUUUCCUGUUCACAUUUACUACAUAAAGGACUGGUUUACGGCUGCGUUCGUGCUACUACAUUGGGGACUGGCAAUCACGGGAGUGCUGGCGUCGCUCAUAUAUGACUUCUCUAUGGCUCCAAAAUGGCUUAGAGUGGUGUUUUUCAAUAUAGUAGGCCAGUUGAACUGGCACGUAGCAUACAAGAUGUACACAUCGGGAAGAGUUCGGGAGUUUUAUUACUUCUUAACCGGAACCACACUUUACUUCCUAUCGGGGAUAGUAUACGCAGCGAAAUACCCGAACCCUGUCUCUAGAAUAUUUGAACACCACGAAGUGAUGCAUCUCUUGGUAGUGGCAGGAAACCUUUUCGCCUUUAAGACCAACUUUGAAAUGGUGUAG